UGUGUGCACUGAUACACUGACUGUGUGGGUUUGUGAAGACUCCAAAACAACCAUGUAUUAUGAGAGGAAGACGGAGAAACCACAUUAGACUUGCCAGAGCUAGUGGAGAGGAGCCAGUGAAGUGGGACUGUCCUUUGUACCUAUUGAGUCAAUGCCCUAGGCCUACUACAACUGUGAUUGACUUCACUUUAGACAUCCAUUCUUUGGAAAAUGGAUGUAUUGAUCAAUUGGUUAAGGAGUGUUUUACUGUGCUGGACAUAUCUGGUUGUCUUUCUCACCAGUGCAACUUUAAUGAUUCCCAACCAGGAGCAGGUGCGCAGUGAAACCCCUAUGGGCCGAAAGGACACAGAUUUCGAUGAUGUAUCCUUUCUACGGACCAGAUCAAGUAGUUUCGUAUCUUCCUCGCAGCUGAUUCGGCCAUAUUCACUCUCGAUGAAUGAGGAGGAUUACCAUUACGCUCCGAAACCCAAACACCUGCGGCACAACCGGCUCCUGCGCAUUUUGGGCUCGUCUUUUGAUCCGUUCUGGAUGUCCAUAGAACGCCCAGCCGAAGCAAGGGUCGACACCGAUGCGUCUGGUGGUCAAACUGCGUCUCGUGGUGACCCGCCCGCUUUAUCAAACUACACCACCAACGAGGGGUUCAACUUCGACGCGUCUCCAGAGCUGACAGAGGGUGCAGCGCGCUACCAACGAAAACUACAAAACGACGCAGAAGAUUUGGACUUGAGUGAACUUCCUGCAGACGUUGCCAGCACUCUGCGUGAUUGGCUGGUCCGCUCGGCCACCUGUGGAAUGCGCUACCAGUGGGUAAAAUUAGCUCCAGUGUUCUGGCCCCGCUGGUUGCGCCACACCGAUUGCGAAAAAUCUGGUGGCUCGCGGAGUUGCUCUUUCCCCAGUGGGAUGGCAUGCCGGCAGGCCCAAACCACACAGAUAAAGAUACUGGCCUGGCACUGCUGGAGCAGCGAAGAGAGAGGCGGGGAUGGGUUAAGAGAGAUGGCCGGGAUCGACAGGGGGACUGUGGUGGUGGGGACAGGUGUUGCAAGCAGAAAGUGUUUGUGGAGGCAGGUACCUUAUCCUGUGGUUACAGCGUGUAAAUGUUCAUGCAAAUAGUUUUAUUUGAUCACUGUUAAUCACGAACAUGUAACCUAUUUGGGGUUGGCCUACAUUCAGGAGAUAAUUUAUUUGAACAUCUGAUUGUCAAUGUAGGCUUAAGACAAUUUGUUUUGCAAUUGAUUAUCAAGUAUUGUUUGUCCAGCCUUAAAUAAAUAUAUAUAUUUGUAUACAAUUAAUUCACUUGGGUUUCGUAAUCAACUUGUUUUUAUUAGUAUGAAAUGAAGCUAUUGGAUGAAAAUUGAAUAAACUGAAUGUUUCCAACCAA